AAUUGAAAUCAUAAACCAAAAUCGCCGAUUUCAAGAACCACAUAACUUUUUGUGAACCGGAACCACGGUUAAUGAAGCUUAGCCAGGUAUGCAGUAAAGAGGCCCCCAUUUGGUGGAUGAGCUGAAUAUUCGACGGUUGAUGUUCAGUUAGAAAGAGAGAGAGAGAGAGAGAAUGGUGUUACAGUGUUGGAGUUGCGCUUCUUAUCCAAACUCAACUCCUCUAUUUUCUCAAAAACUGGUGUUGCCUCUUUCAGAUUUCAAUUGCAAGUAUAGUCUUAGCAUGCCCAGAAAGUCAUGUAGCAAGGCUAAAUUCGCUUGCUUCUACAAACUGGGUCUUCAAGAUAUUGCUGAAAUAACUCACAACAAGGUAUUGAUAGCAGCUGGUGUAUCAGCAGCCAUUGGUCAGCUCUCUAAGCCAUUCACUUCCUUAAUUUUAUAUGGGAAAGAUUUUGACCUUAAAGCUGCAGUUCAGGCUGGCGGCUUCCCUUCUACUCAUUCCUCAGCCGUUAUAGCUACUGCUACAUGUCUUGCCCUUGAGAGGGGCUUCUCGGAUUCUAUUUUUGGCCUUACAGUGGUUUAUGCUGGCCUUGUCAUGUAUGACGCUCAGGGAGUUAGAAGAGAAGUUGGAAAUCAUGCAAAACUACUAAACAAAGUGCAAUCCAAGACACAACUCUACUCACUGGUCUCCAAGGAUAGAGAUGAUCUGAAAGUUUCUCAACAGGGGGAAGGCCUUGAUUCUUUAUUGUCGAAGGAGGGAAGACCUUUUGUGGCAAAAUCAACAAAUGCACCUCUAUUACUUCAAUCAGAAAAUAAAAUGAGACGAGUAAAUCAAAUGCUGAUGUCUUCGAGCACAUCAGCUGACGAACUUGAAGAAGAAACAGGAGAUGCCUUGAAAACUUCAGCCCUGUUGAAAGAAUCCAUUGGCCACACUGAAGUUGAAGUCAUUGCCGGUGCUCUGUUAGGUUUCUUUGUCAGUUUGGCAGUGUAUGCUACUGUAUAAAUAUCAUAAUGCAGACACUUUUCUUUCUAUUCAUUCGCAUAUGUAUUAAAACCAAGGCAUUCAUGUCCAUAUCCAUUUUCAUAAUGAUACAUGAUACCUGAUAUCACUGUUUGUUCCAUUAA